UUCACUGCGUCGUGUCUGCUCCGCAGAAUAACCGCCAAGCAAAUUAGAGAAAACAUAACAUUAAAUAUUCCCGAAAGUGAGCUUUUGAGUGGGCAAAAUGGAACGGCCGGCCCUGCUGCAGAACGGAGAGCUGGGCAACAUGGAUUCCUCUACAACCAGACUGGCCAGCAAGCCCUUCCCCAAGCCCUUCUCGAUCGAGAGUCUGAUUGCCAACCAAACACCUGCCAGUGCCGCACCUCCUUCGCCGCCCGAGGAGCGGGAUCAGGAGCAGGAGCCGGAACAGGAGCAGGAGCUGAGUGCCCGGGCCAUGGUGGCCAGUUCCGCCCUGGGCCUCACCCAGUUCCCGCUGUACAACCCCUGGCUGCAUGGCUAUUUCGCCCAGAACCACGAGAGAUUAACGCAUUUAAUUGCCGGCGGCUGCUACCUGCCCUCCACUCCAGCUAGUCAUCCGGCUCCGCAGCAGCCGCAACCACAGCCACCGCCACCACCACCGUCACAUGCCUUGGAGAAGCAGCUUCCGCCCACCUUGCCGCAUCCGCUGGAUACGCGUUUCCUGCCCUUCAAUCCCGCCGCUGCCGGAGUCGCGCCCACGGAUCUCAGCUACCGGCGAUUGGCCGAGCUCAUGAACCAGGACUACGUGCACAGCCUGAGCGUCCAUGCUCGACUGCAGCACAUGGCCGCCGCCGGCAGGCUCCAGGAGGAUCAAUCAAACCCCGGAUUGGGGCAGCUCCAGGAGCCGUCGCCCCCGCAAGCCCACUCCUCGCCAGCGAAGUCCGGCAGCCACAGUCCCGUGGAGCCGACGCUGGAUGUGGGCAUGGACGAGGACUUCGAGUGCAGCGGCGACUCCUGCAGCGAUAUCAGUCUGACCAUGUCGCCCAGGAACUACGCCGGAGAGAUGGACAAGAGCCGCAACGGAGCCUACACCAACUCGGAUAGUGAGGAUUGCAGUGAUGACGAAGGGGCACAUUCUCGGCAUGAAGGCAGCGGAAUGGGUGGCAAGGACUCGCAGGGCAACGGCUCCAGUUCCAGCUCGAAGUCCCGUCGCCGGCGAACAGCCUUUACUUCGGAGCAGUUGCUGGAACUCGAGCGGGAAUUCCACGCCAAGAAGUACCUCAGUCUCACGGAGCGCAGUCAAAUAGCCACCAGUCUAAAACUAAGCGAGGUUCAGGUGAAAAUCUGGUUCCAGAACCGACGAGCCAAAUGGAAAAGGGUCAAGGCGGGACUCACCUCCCAUGGAUUGGGUCGGAAUGGGAGCACCAGUGGCACCAAGAUUGUGGUGCCCAUCCCGGUGCACGUCAACCGAUUUGCAGUGCGAUCCCAGCACCAGCAGCUGGAGAAGAUGUGUCUUAGUGGACCGAAGCCGGAUCUCCGCAAGAAGCUCUCGGCGGAGGCGAUCGGAGGAUUCGAGAAGUUCAGCGGUCCCACCAACGCCCCGCCGCCAUCGGGAGGAGCUGUGGGAUUGGGAGUGGGAGUAGGAGUCGGCUUGGGAGUGUCCACGCCUCUGUCCCUCGCCAGGAGUAUAUAUUGAUGGAGUUCGGCUCCGGCUCCCAAGACGCACGAGUGUAUAUACCUAAGGAGGCGGUUCCGCUGCUAACGGAGUUUUCUUUUUGUAAAUAAACGAACGAAAAAUCAAAUGCGAA